CCACCAUCCAGACCAGGACCCCCGUAUUACCCACCCAGGUUUCCUUCGGAUCAUCCCAACAGGAAACGGAAUCAGCAGCAGCGAAGAAGGACAACCACGCCUGCUCCUACUCCACUGCCUCCUCCACCGACUCAACCACCUCCUCCAAAGGUGUGGACCACGAGACCACCCGUCAUUGUACCUGUUUGGCAACCACAGCAUCAACCACUGCCAGUGACGCCGCACCAAAAUGCUUACAGACCAUUCAGCUACCAGCACACCAAUGCUUGGGCACCUGUCAAACCCACUGAGGCUUCCUACCCUUACAACCAACACCACCAGCAGCAGCUGCAGAACCCAACGGGGUGGCAGCAGCAGCAUCCAUCUUACCCAAACAAUAGAAACUUCGGAGGAGCUGCCGGAGGCUUUGUCAAACCACUAGAUUUCGGCAAAUUCAUUCAGAAGAUGGGCGUAAGCAUGACUUCUCCAGAAUUCAGACCACCAUCAUCAAACCAUAACCCACAUCAUCCGGAAUAUCACGUACCUCACGUCUUGGUGAGCAACACUACUGCUAGCAGGACAGAUCCUGUCAUCAUCAUCAGCAGACGCAGACGCCGUAGUGCACCAACCUCAACCCAAGCCUCGCAAAACGAACCCCCGCCUGAGGACUUACCUUGGCUGACCUGUUUCCUGUGCGAAACGGAAGACGGGGAUUUCGCGGAAGACUGCGAAUAUGGCCGUGACGAGGAUGACGACGACUUCGGCACCGACGCCUCCUUCAUCACACCGUCCAGAGCCAACAGGACGACCGGAAGUGGCACUCAUCGGAAGCCGGAACAUGAAUACUACGACCCCCGGGAAUUCAACGACGACGACGUCAAGUUCGACGAUGCCGAUUUCGCGUUUGACGACGCUUAUGAGGCGAUAGCAAAAUCUACCCGACCUGAGGAACCUAAAUCAGAAGAGGAAGAAGAACCGGAAGUGACGACGGAAGCAGCGCAGCAGAACACGGAACAACCGGAAACGAAAGAAGAGCCAGCGAACUCGGAAUCCCGUUACCAGACCGUCGUCGAGCCCCCCACUCAAAUCUUCGGUGUUGUUUCCGCGAGAAACCCUAAACCCGACGGAAACUUCCGGAAAAACUCUAGCGAAGAAGAAACUUUUUCCGGGGGUUCGGAAUCGAGAAGUUCCGACUUCGAAGCCGGAACAAAGCUGUCGCCGAUACCAACCGUGUUUACGGAACAGGAACCCGGGAUUGAUCCCAAAGAAACCCCGGGGAAACAAGGACGAGUGAGGAUCAUGAAGCGAAAAUUGACUCCAAAGAACCUUCCAAAGACUGCUUCAACACUGCUGGAAACUCAGCGAGAAAUCAAAUUACCAUCAGACGAUUCGCUUUGCUGGCAGCAAAUUGAAAUGCAGCUGAACUCGGGUCAUAUCCGGCGAAAAAGAACUCUCUGUUCCGACAAUAAACAAGUCCCCAAGGGAUCAGUCCCGCAAAAACUGCAGAAAAUGAGGGUUUCGGAACCUCCACUGAAACAGUUCUCGAGAUCAAGGAGAAAUAGCGGAGACGAAAACCUUCACGUGAAAAUAAAAUUCAGGAAGAACGACCCUCAAAGGGGGCUCCACGUGAAGACCUACGAAUACAAGAAAGGAAAAUCCGUCGUUCACUCCUCUUCUGAAUUUCCCAGGUCGAAUAGGAGGCAUCAGGUCAAGAAGGACGACGAUGACUCCGAUUCACGACGAGAAGAACCCAGCAGCAUCAGAAGGAAUCCUCACAGAGGUCCUUUGACGUCUUUUAUUCCCGCCGGCUACAUAAAACGAAGUGACGCGUCGCCUACUCCUCUCCAUCAUGGGAAUGCAUCAACCCGGGAAAGAGUUCCAGAAAUUCCAGCAGAAGAACCUUCAAAGGAGGGUCCUGAAGAGGAUGAUCUUCUGCUUAAGGUUUACAAAGAGCGCUAUAAAUGA